GGAGGGGAGAUGUAGAUUAGAUGUCAGGGAAAUUUUUCACUGAGGGGGGAGUGAGGCAGUGGCACAGGCUGCCCAGAGAAGCUGUAGGUGCCCCAUCCCUGGAGGCACUCAGGGCCAGGUGGGAUGUGGCCCAGGGCAGUGUGAGCUGGUGCCUGAUCUAGCAUUUGGCAGAACUGCUUAUGGUAGAGCUGUUAGAACUAAGUGAUCUUUGGUGUCCUUCCAACCCAAGCCAUUCUGUGAUAGGCAUUAGCAGUGUGCAGUCACUGACAGUAGACUAAGGCAGUUGCCUCAUGUUACUUUCAGUGCUUAUGUUAAUUUGUUAUGUUUUAGCUGUUAGACUGUUUCCCCCAAGGGUGAAGUGCUAUGCGUUAUUAUUUUAAGUCACUCUUAUGUUUAUACCCAAGAUCACCAGAUAGAUAGUUUUGUUGUUUUGCCCACAUCAUUCCAUUCUCCUGCAGUAGCUUUUCUCCUGCUGCGUGCUUGGAUUUUGUUUUGUCUUCCUGCAGCCUCUGUGUGCUCUUGCUGCCAUGGUCCUUCAGCUGUCCCUGCACAGAGUAGACUAGAAUGUGAAUACAAGCUAAAAGAUUCUUCUGAAAUUGGCUUCGUGAUAAUAAGGGAAAGCCCUGGAUUUCAUGAUAAGAUAAAUACAGCCUUGUAUUAAAAAAUACAAAACAAAAACUCAAAACAUCAUUGUUUCCUUUGUGAUUAGUUUGUGUAUGUACACGUGCUCCUCUUACAAGAAACGCUUCUUUAAAGUUGGGCCAGUGCCUACGUCUUUGAACAGCUACUUACAGUAACUCUUAUCCAAAACUGUAAAAGGCCAAGUGGCCACCCACCUCUCAAUGUCAUCUCAUCACCCACUGGGGCCUCCAUGCGUGUUCCUUGGUCUUCUCACAUCUUCAUUUAGGCUCGUGAGAGAAGAGCAACUUAAAAAACCUUAACCAGUUCUCUGCUAGUGCAAGAUAACAUACCUGUUGGCUCUCUUCCUCUCACUGCCAUCCUGCACAAUGGCCAAAGGCAGUGCUCUGGGCUUUGAAAUCCGUCCAUCCUGCCGUUUGGCAGUGCCGUGUUUAUAGACAGUCGUGCCAGGUGUCUUCUUUGCUUAGGGGUGAAACGUGUGUGUACAUGUUGCUCGCUGUUCAAAUCUCUUCCAAAUUACAAAAUAAAGCAGACAGAAAAUUAAAUGAAGUAUAAUCUUGUGGAACUGCAGGGACGAGCCCUUCUGGCCUAGGUAGGCACCCUGAUUAAACCAACUUCUGGUUAUCAGUCUCACAGGGACAAACUGGGGAGAAUCAGCAUCUUCCUACCAUUGUCCUUCUAAACACUGGCAGCAGAGGUGAGCAGGCUUUGCUGUCUGUUUCCUUUAAGAAGUGACAUGCUGUUCAAAGGAGUGUGUAUCGGAUCACCUGCCAAGAACAAAUAGUGAUGUAGACACCUGCAUCUGUCAGAAGACUGAUUUUAAUUGAACACUGAGAAAGGCACCCCUGAAGUCAUCAAUACUUCAGCAUCUUUGCCAGUUAAACAUGAUUUUUUGUUGCCUAAAGGCUGUAGGUUCCAGCGUGCUAUCCUGGAGCAGCACGGACACUUUGCCUGCUUCUUUCAGCAACUGACCUAGCAAAGGAAUUGGAAGGAAAAAGGGUUAAAUCCACACCUCUGCAAACUGAACUGACUACUGACAGAGCAAGGAAGAUGGGAGCGGGCUAAAUGGUUCUCCUCCUUCGGUUGCCUUAACCCAGUGGUAGAUUUGCUCCUCUUCAGGAGUCCUGAUGACAUUUAUGCAAUUUGGAUAGCCCUAGUUGACACACAGAAACCUGGUGAGGAGUUUUCUCAUUCAGUUCUGCUGCAGAGAAGUGAAGAUGCUGCCUGUCUGCCAUUUUAGCUCUUCUGUACCAAGGGAUGUGGCUACGCUGUCUGUCUCUUGAAGCUUCCUCCAGGUCUGCUGCCCUUGCUGUCACUGACCCGUGCUAUCACCCUGGCAGCUCGGUGUGCCAGACUGGGUUUCCUCAGUAUUUUUGCUCCUCUGCAGCUACUUAUUAGUCCCCUGAUAUAAAAAAGACGACAAAUGGCUACUUACACUACAGUAGUUGUGGUUCUUCCAUACACAUUUUCCACAGAGACACCGAAAGUGACCUUUUGUCCUUCAAUCUGAUAGAAUCUUUACUCCUUGGUGGCAAACCUGAGAGAGGUUAGAUGGGUCUGUCCUUCUUUUUCUCUGUUACCACUCUUAGCAGCAGCAGCAGCUCUUGUCUUCCUUGACUGCACAUGUUCAUCCCCGCAUCGUCCCAAACUGAGCUGUCAGUCCAUGUUUCAGCUCUCCUAUCCUCACACCACGCUCCCAGCCAGGCCAUCAACUUCCGCCCACGUACUUCUGUCUCACACUAGGUGUAGUAGUGAUGGGCACAGUGCAGCUGGGGAGUUCUUUCCCUUAUGCCACUCAUGGUAGCAGUCGUGAGGGUUCACAGGCCCAGCCUGGAGGGAUGUUAGUGUCUUCAGAGAACUCAAUCCUAUUCAUGUGAGUACAUGCUCACCUGGGAUCUGUGUGGACAGCCCUUCUUAAAGAAUCACGCUACCCUUAUCCACAGGGUAAAUAAUCCCUUUUCAUUUUGUUUACUUAAAGAAAUAUUUAAAACCCAAGGUGACUCUGUAGUACCCUUAAAUCUUUUAUUUUGUCAUUAUCACAACUAAUAUUUUAGGACCCUUGUUCUGCUUCACAAACAGAUUAAUUUCAAGAAUUGAAACUCCAUGCACUGUUCUGUAUACAAGACACAACAACACUUCCUGACAGAUACUGUGUUGUCAAUGCUCUGCUCACACUAUAACCCUAUUUUGAAGGACAAUAACCAUGACACUGAUGAUUUCCUUUAUUGUUCUUGGACACUCUCAGUAAAAUAAGAAAUGCAAGCUAGCAGGAGGAUUAUUAGUUGUGUUUGUUUCAUGUCUUCAUUAUCCUUUUGGUCUACACAUUGGAUUAUGCUUUAAAAUGUUUCUCAGUGCACCUAUUUCUUUGGAUUCUGAAGGAUGACCAGUGAAUUUGGAAACAAAGAAUGACUUUCUUUUUAUUAUCAAAAGCAGGAAUAAAUCUAGCUUAGUCAUGGGGGGCUUCUUUUUCCCUUUGACUCUUUAGAUGCUGUACAUUCAAGUAUAGUCUAACUGGCAAUGAUCUGGAUGUCUUUAGGGUUAGCAAAGUUAAGGCCUGACAGAUACCAAAAGAUCUUAAAAAUUCUUGGAAUUAUAACCUGACAAAUUAUAGAAGUCUUUUAAGUUCCCACAUGGGUUUCAGGCAUGCGCACACCGCAGUGCAUUUUGCAGUGUGGUGCUUCUCUGCCUCACAUGGAUGAUAACUUAAACUUUAGUACUGAUUAAAAAAAUUGUUCUUAUCUCAUCUGAUUGAAAACUUAGUAAGGCUGUAGGCAGUUACAAGAAGAAUGGUGCAUCUUUGUCCAGUAUUCUGCCUUGGAGCUUUUCUAGCACCGGCAGAUUCUGAGGAAGGUGGUCUAAAAAUGAGCAUUGCAGUGGACAGCUUUGACAUUCUGUGCGUAAGAAAGUCAUUUAGCAGAUAUACUGCUGUAGGGUAUAGAAUUUAAAUAUAUAUAUAUAUAAAUUUGCUCCUGUCAAAUGUGAUGGAUGUUUUCACUGUUCAUACAAUCUCUUCCUCUUUUCUGUGUAUCCUUCUAAGCUCUUUGACUAGGCAUUGGCCUUGUAGAAGCUGAGAUCCCAGCUAAUUGUGGGUACAGAAUUGCCCACAUCUGGAUCCACUGCAUUGCAAUUGUGCUUUGUUUGUAAGACAGUGAAGGAGUACCUGACUUUCCUCCAUCAUUCAGUUCAGCAUUUCAAGUACAUCUGGCAUUUACCUUCUUUAUUUACUCGUUCCAGUUGCUCCAGUUUCACCUGCUUUGAUAGUCUUCCCAUGCCUCUGAUGACCUGUCCCUGAAGCCAUCUGCUUUUUGCUAGAGCUCCUUCAGAUGUGAAAAUUUAACACAAUAAUCAUUUAAGAGUUGAGGGGACAUUAUAUUACUGUAGAUAGAAUUUUUUUAAAAAGUCUGGAAAUAGUCUGUAAAUACCAAUAGUAAAUGGACUAAGUCCCUUAUGACGUAGUUCAUUAAGUCUUUGUGGCUGUUUGAAAUGCUGUCUGCUUAUUAUGAACAACUGUAGUAGAAACUUUUGGAUAACGAAGCUCUUCCUUUCUGCUGCGACAGAGUGGGAGAUGUUGAGGUAGGCAUCAUAGGGUAACUAGCUCAUCAUGGUCUUGCUGGGAGACUGCGCAAGGAGUCAUCAGUAUUUUCUCCCCAGAACAAAGUGAUUUUGGUGAGGGUUGUGUCCCCACACUUUCUUGUUUGUUAAAAACAAAGCUUUUGAUUUGGGUUUGGGUACUGAACCUGUUUCUACGCCCUACCUGCAUGUAAAAAGCCCCAGAUAAACUCCCAUCAGCUGCCAGAAAGCUUUGGUGGGUUACUGUAAAGCACUUUCACCUGUGAUAGGCUUUCAAGCACACUGGUUCUCUCACAUCCAUGAUUACCAGCAGAGGAAGUUGGGGCGGCGCAAAGCUAAACUUGGUACCCAAAAAGAAAACUGUAUGGAGAGAAUGGAAAAUGGGACGGGAAAAUUACACAGGGGGCAAUGUUGCAUGUUGCCAUAGCUCCUACCAGAUACCUUCAGCCUUAUGUAACACUAAGUGUAUGUGUGCUAUACGGAGCUUUUCCCUUGCAUACCUGGAUGAGUUGGAAGGGCCUAUCCUUUAGAAUGAGAUGCUGAGCGUGUUUCCAAUGUAUUCCUGUAUCAUCCAGGAGGCCUUCUAGCAGGAAAAGGGAGAUGUACUGCAAUUUUAUAAAAGGGUAGUGGCAGGGAAAAGGGAGAUGGAAGGGAAAUUCCAGAAAGGCCCUCUGGAUUUGCUCAGGCACACCUAGACUUGCCCUCUAUUGGGAUUUACCUGUAGCAUGUACAUCAUUAAGAUGCUUUAUUAUUUUUUAAAAUUAAUUUUAUUUUCCUUUGCAGGUCACCUUUUAAGCUGCUAUUUCCUGUAUAAUUAAGCAGAAUGAAGGCAUUAGGUUCUAGUAGAGUUGGGCCUAAUCCAGAAAUCUUCUCUUAUUCAGUCUUUUCUAAACCAGUAAAAAUGGGAAGUACUGGAUUCUGGUUUCCUCCAAGAAGAGUCAGCGGAACUGGUUAAGACCAAAAUCUGAGGACUUUAGUGGGCAAACAUCAGUCCCCUUUUGCUUUCUUUUACGACCACAUGAAACUUGAGAAGCCAUCUAAAGCUAAAUCAUUUAGUGGAGUUGGGCAAUUCCCAAGUGUCCAACAAGAAGGCCUGGUUUAGGCUGCGAUGGCCACUGUCAUUCCUGGUGAUUUGUCAGAAGUAAGAGAUACCCAGAAAGUCCCUUCAGGGAAACGUAAGCGUGGUGAAACCAAACCAAGAAAAAACUUUCCUUGCCAACUGUGUGACAAGGCCUUUAACAGUGUUGAGAAAUUAAAGGUUCACUCAUACUCUCACACAGGAGAGAGGCCCUACAAGUGCACACAACAAGACUGCACCAAGGCCUUUGUUUCUAAGUACAAAUUACUAAGGCAUAUGGCUACUCAUUCUCCUGAGAAAACCCACAAGUGUAAUUAUUGUGAGAAAAUGUUUCACCGAAAAGAUCACCUAAAGAAUCACCUACAUACACACAAUCCCAACAAAGAGGCCUUUAAGUGUGAAGAAUGUGGAAAGAACUACAAUACCAAGCUUGGGUUCAAACGUCACCUGGCUUUGCACGCUGCAACAAGCGGUGACCUCACCUGUAAGGUAUGUUUGCAGACUUUUGAAAGCACAGGAGUGCUGCUGGAGCACCUAAAAACUCAUGCAGGCAAGUCAUCGGGUGGAGUGAAGGAGAAAAAACACCAGUGUGAACACUGUGAUCGUCGGUUCUACACCCGAAAGGAUGUCCGUAGACACAUGGUAGUGCACACUGGAAGAAAGGACUUCCUCUGUCAGUACUGUGCACAGAGAUUUGGGCGUAAGGAUCACCUAACGCGCCACAUGAAGAAAAGUCACAACCAAGAACUUUUGAAGGUCAAAACAGAGCCAAUGGACCUUCUAGAUCCCUUUACCUGCAACGUUUCUGUGCCUAUCAAGGAUGAGCUGCUUCCAGUGAUGUCGUUACCUUCCAGUGAACUGACAUCAAAGCCAUUUACAAACACUUUGCAAUUAAAUCUCUACAACACUCAGAUUCAGUCCAUGCAGAGUUCUGCAUCUGCACACCAAAUGGUUGCCACGUCGUUACCAUUGGGAAUGCCUUGUCCAAUAGAUAUGGAGUCUGUCCACCCUUCGCACCAGCUAUCAUUGAAAUAUCCGCUCAGUUCUACCUCAUACGCAGUUUCUAUGCCUGAAAAAGAACAGCCUUUGAAAGGGGAAAUCGAAAGUUACUUAAUGGAGUUGCAAAGUGGUAUGCCUUCUUCGUCCCAGGAUUCUCAAGCAUCUUCAUCAAAACUAGGGCUGGAUCCACAAGUAGGGCCGCUAGAUGAUGGGUCUGGGGAGGUUUCCCUUUCCAAGGGCUCUGUUCCUAUUAGUGAACCUCUAAACACCCCGUCAUUGGACUUUUCUCAGCUGUUCAACUUCAUACCCGUCAACGGCCCUCCCUAUAACCCUUCUGUUUCAGUGGGAAACCUUGGAAUGAGUUAUACGCAGGAGGAGGCACAUUCUUCUAUGACUCAACUUCCACCACAGACACAGGAUCCACAAGAUCCUAGCAAUAGUAUAGGUCUUGGGUCUCUGCACUCGUUGUCAGCAGCUUUCACGAGCAGUCUAAGCACAACCACCACCCUACCACGAUUUCAUCAAGCUUUCCAAUAGGAUGUACAAAGCUGGCUUGUUACUGUCUAUUUGUAGAAAUGCCUUAGGUGACCAUUUUUAACUUAGUGCCUACUAUAAGACAUUAUCAGUUCUCUGCUUUUGUACAGUACCAAUCUCAUGAAGCCAGUAAGAAAUUUAAAUCUUUAAAAAUGUUUUGGAAGUGUUUAUUCUCAGCUGUGUUUACUUCAUUGUUUUUUUGUUUUUGUUUUUUUUUUUAAGUCUCAUUGUAUUGUUUUCAUUUUCACUGCCAAUUGACACAUUUAAAAUGUCCACUAGAAAGGCAUCCCAAGCAAACUUUCAACACGCAUCCCUUUUUUAAAAACCUUUUCAACCUUACAGCCACUUCUGUUCUGUUGAUGUCAGUGGUGGAACUACCAUUUUUACCUUUUAUAUAUUACAGCAUUUGCAAAGGAUCCAGUUCAAACGUGUAUCACAAAGGUUCCUGAAGAUUCGGGAAAAAAGUUUCUCCGGUCCCUUUCCAAAAAAACCCUCUUCCCAAAUGGUGACAUCUGAUCUGUUCUAUAAUGACAAAUUGUAAUUUUUAAAUAAAGGUAGAAUUCAGAUUUUUCUGAAAAUUUGGAUGUGUAUAUAUAGAAGUCCAUAUAUACACAUGUACAUAUAUAUAACGUUUUGACUUAUAUUGAAGUCAUUAUAAAAGGUGUUAGGAAUUUUGCCAUUUUCUGGCUUAAAUCUUUGUGGCUUGUUAUGAAUAUUGGAAGAAAAAAAAUACAGUUUAAUUUUCUAAAAUCAUGGCUGAACAGAACUUCAACAGAGAAUCUCUGCUUGCCUAACUGACAAAAGUUUCAAGUUGAAUUUGGAACUGUGUUGUGCUUUCAUGACUCUGGUAGAGGAAAACAGGCAAAUUUAAUGGCUGAUCUUGAAAUAUAAAAGUGUUGUAAUUUAGUAAUGCAGAAUAUUUUGUCGCAGUUUUUGUUUUGAUUCUUAACUUGCUGUUUUUUUCUCUUUAGUAGCAUAGAAAGAGUACUGCAUAGGAAUCUUCCAAUAGUGUACUGACAUUUGUAGGCAUCGGUCUUCUCCCAGCUGCCACCACCAAAGGGUGGAUCAAGUCCAGCCAGAAAGUGUGUAUCUAUUUUCAGUUCAAUAUUAGUGUGCGGUCAGAGAGUGAAUGUAAAUUUACAAAUACCAUUUUUGGGGCUUUUUUUUUUUUUUUUUUUCUAUUGGAAUGAACUUUUCAGCUGUGUUACAUGGUGUGUUAUGUCCUCCUAAGCAACAAGUUAGAUGUUAAUCAUACUUUCUACACCUGGGUACUUGGUUAGGGACUUUUUGCCCACUGCCAAGAUUUAAAGACAGGACUCUUAGGAGUGAAGUAAAAGCAUAUUGCUUACACCACUUUUGCCUAAUGCAAUAUUUUCUAUUCCCCAACCCCUAAUAACCAAAAGAGGAAAAAAGGAAAAAAAAACAAAAACAAAAACAAACCUGUGAUGCAUGAAAGCAAACUCGAGUUGCUGUAAUUCAACAAUAACACGCUUUUCCUUGUCAUUUUUGUACAAGGAAUUAAAAAAUAGAAAUCGAGUACAUUUGUAUCUCUCAAACAAUAAUGAGGAUUCAUACGAGGUUUUAAGUGGUUAAACUAAAUAUACUUCACAGAAACAAAAGUUGCUCCCAUUUAAGGAGCUCGUGCUCCAGAUGUUUUAUCAGUAGCUCCUACUUUUUUUUAAUUCUAGGAGCAAUAUGCAGGUGUAGUUUUACUAUUUUAUACAUAUAUGUAUUUAAAUUUUAUUACUGAAAGAUAACAUUUUUAUAAAUGUGUUUGUGUUCCAAAGGCAUUAAAAUAAGGAUGUAUUGAUAAGGAAAAUACCUUUUGAAAUUCUACAAACUGCUCCUAAAUGUUGGGUUUAGGAGCUCGUUAUCUCAAAGUGGGCUUUUAGCUCUGCUUCAUGACUGCUUCCUCUGGUUUCUAUGAAACAGAUCGCUUGCUUACUUACAUCUUUAGUUGAAUGAUUCGUUCAAUAUUGCUUUUUUUUUUUUUCUUCUUUUUCUCAUCACCUUUAUAAAGGAAAGAAAAACACAGGUGAACAGAGCACAAGGUGAACGCCACAGAAUGUAUUUCUGGUUAAAAAUCAGCAACCACAAUGCACAUAGGGACAACUUGGCUUUCCUCUGAGUCUUUUCAGGCAAUUUGGGAUGAAGAGCAACGGCCUCCCUUGCUCCUGUGAGCUCUGAUCCACGUGAAGCAGAGCCCAGCAGCUCCCCGUGAGCGGAGGGAUGCCGUGACGCUCGGCUCUGGCAGCGGCUGCGGAGUGGAUAGGCCGCGCUCUUCUUCCUGGCGAUGAUGCACACAGGCCUUGGGAGCUUCAGCUCUGUGAGCAAUUUUUGGAUGGCCUGGAGGAAGUUCCUUGGUCGAGUGUCACAAAUAAGUUCAGACUCCUCUGCCGCUGCCAGAUGCUUGGCCAGGCUGCUCGCUGAGGGGACUUGAUGUGGCACAUGUACCGCUCGGCGCAGGGCAGUGCCACCUGCUUAUCAGGCCCAGCUGCCGAUCAGACUCGAUUAAAAAAACCCAACAAACGCUUGGCCAACACCCAGUUCUUAGUACUUAGCCGGAGACCUUACUACUUGGUUAGUGCCUUAGCUUCCUGAGAAGGGGUUGACAUUUCACUUUGGAGAUAGACGUACAUUUCAGUGGAGGAGCAGGGACCUCAGACAAGGUAUUGAACCUCAUUCAGUCAGGGCUGCGGCCGGCGGCUGCACUCGGCCUGUGCCGCUGAGCUAGGAUGUAGGACGGUGUGGAAGCAGAUGUGACACUGUAAGCAAUAUUAACACAUUAGUGCUUUUGGAUAUCAUUUAGGCAGAGUCAGUAUUGGCCACUACUAAAACGUCACGUUUUAAACCCUGUUUUCUAGGUUUCAGAUUGGUUCUUUGAGGGAGGGGGGAGGGCUGGCUGAUCGUGCACCACUCUUUGUGCAACUUCGAGACUUCUAGUGAGGUUUGUUGGGUUUUUUUUUUGUUUGUUUUUUCUUUUUUUUUUUUUUCUGUUCCGUUCUGUUUGGGUUUUGUUGUGUUUUUUUUUUUUUUUUUUAAAUAUAUAUAUUUUUGUGUACUUGUUGCUUGUGCUUAAUUUAGUAGUAAAUUGUGGAAUAGAGUGAUUUAUUGUUAAUUUGGCAGUAGCGGUUUUUUAAAACCAUAUACUGACUGAAACAUGAGCCAGAGCUGAUUGCUUUAUUAAGCUAAUAAUGAAUGUUAAGAGUACAUAUUUUCAGGAUCAUUUGCCUAGUGAGCUAAACAUGUAUUAUAGGCCAAUAUUUUUUAAAAUAAAGCUUGGUCAACCUCUAUGUUACACAUAUUACAAGAUAUAGCACUUUCAAAAGAAAACCUAAACCUUUUAAGAAAGUUUCUUACAGGUUAUGCUUUUUAUUAUAAAACCUUUUAUUAUAAUUUGUUUCAAGUGCCAUUAGAUUACAUAUAUGUAGGCCUUUGGUAUAAUGCUUUGUGUACAAAAUGGUAGACAUUGUAAUUUUAAACAGGUACAUUUUUACAGUGUUUUCUUAUCAAUUUGCUAUAUUGCACAGAACCAGUGUGUCUUUCUUAAGGGUUUUACAAUGGUUUUUACUAGGUUUACACGUUUCAAACUACACUGUCUUCUACUGCCAUUUUGAAUACCAGUCAAAAAAAAAAAAAAAAAAAGAAAAAGAAAAGGAAAAAGAAAGAGUUUGUCCUCACCAAUUGUAAUUUGUGUCCUCUGGAGUUCUGGGUGGUAACUAUUGCAAAAAUAUUUAACACGCAGUAUUUGAUGCAGAUGUUUUUUUUUUAUCAUAUGCUCUCAACACUAUGCUGCUGUCUGAAGUUAACUUAGGGCCUGAUCCUGCAUCCGUAAACGUCAAGGGGAGCAGGGCUGCAUCCUUCGUUAUGUCUGUCUCAUACACUGGUUUAGCAGCUCAUCCUGUAUUCUUCUCAGUCUAUAGAUAAGCCUCCAAAGUAAAUGUACUUACCUGGUAUGUAGUAAACUGUAUAGACUUAGCUGCCCAUUCUGCAUCUUCCCAGUGUACAAUUAAAACCAUAGGCAUUAGCAUUACACUCAGCGUACAAACAAUGCCACAGUAGUUCAAAAUGUGUUUGGAUAGUCCCAAAGCUUUAUGUAAUAAGGGUGUCUUACUUUGUUGGAAGGCAGUGUCUUUUGAUAACAGUUAUCUAGCCCUGGAAGUGACACAGAACUAUUGCUAAUCAUAUGUAAACACUUUUCAGUAUAAGCUUCAGUGGUACAGUCGAACCAGAGUGAAUGUUUAUCUCCUCAGAAACACUCCUGCAAUAUUGUUAUAUUGGAUCAUGCUGCUAAUGUAACUUGGGAUACAACUCCUCUCAUGGUGCUACAAACCUCCCUGUCUCAUUCAGAUGUAUUUUUACCCAUAGAAAAAAGGACUAUACUAGACCUAUAGUUGUAUGAUAUAUUUUUAUACUGUGACUUAAUUUGUCAUUAAUGAACUUUGUACAACACCACAAUGUAUUCAUAUGCACUUGCAGAAGUAAAAUGUCGGACAUGCAAAUGGAAACGCUGACAAGCCCAGCUCUUGUUCACAGAAACAGGUGGUUUAGUUAAAAUUCAUUGCGGGCUUUUUAUAUGGUGUGGAGUGAAGAACCUACUAUAUAUUACUAAAAGCUUCUGAAUUUAGACAAAAACUGGGAAAGAGUAUAUUGGGGAAUGAUGACACACCCAAACCUGACUCGGAUUGCUGAAAUUCUAUUUUUUAGCUAGUGGGAAAAUUGUUCGGACUCGAAUGCUAAAAUGUUUUAAUGAUAAAAUUUUUUUUGAGUCAAAAAUAGAGAAAAAAAAAAGAACACAGAAAACCCUGCAUUCCAGACAGAAUUUGUGUAUGUUUCUUGCAUUUAAAAUUUGCUAUCCUGUGAUAUGGGAAAUUGAGUUGCUUAUCAUGUAUAUGUACUUUAAAAUGUAUUCACAAACUACUGUUGUAUUUGUAUAAAAUAUAGACAAAAAGAUUGCGUAUAUAUUUUUGUGUAUAAGCUCUGUAAAAUAGCAAUCACAUUAUGAAGCUGCAGCAGAACUUCAUUUUAAACAUUCACAUCCAAAGAAACAGACUAUUUAUUGUCCACAUACCCUGAUUAUAAAAUAUACCUUGCUGCUAUUAAACAAUAGUGCUGCAGCUUCUUGUGGCCUACAGUGUUAUGUUUGCUGUACAAAAAUAUGUGAACUCCACAAAAUAUAUCAAUAAAAUUACAGAAUGGUUUUAGUUAAUGAAUAA